AUGAGUUCCAUCUCUGGGCCGGCUCCGUCCAGUCGCAUUAGACCUUCUUCUGACUUCUAUGGGCAGUCGCAGUCGCAGCAGUCUCAUGGCCACGGAUCAUUCGAUACUGACUCUCAGGACAAGAUUGCUCAGCAGUGGAUUGCUGACAUCGAUCAAUAUGAGACAACGUUGGAGGAAAUGGCCGCUGCAACACUGGACCAGGACUUUAAGGAUGAACUCAGUGCUAUUGAGCAGUGGUUUCGUGUUCUGAGCGAGGCCGAACGUACGGCCGCUCUCUAUGCUCUACUCCAGCAAACCACACAGGUCCAGAUUCGUUUCUUCAUCCAGGUGCUGCAGCAGAUGGGCAAGAAUCAUCCCAUGUCUGGCGUGCUCUCUCCCGCUACUUUUGACAAAGACCCUAUGUCUAGCCGUCUCAGCGAUGCGAUGAACAAGCUUACAGUCGACCCGUCCCGAAAUUCCUUUACCCGCGCCUCUGCUAGCACGGCCGCCCCGGGCAAACGUCACUCCGUCCUGGAUUCUUCGACUAUCAACGCCAUGUUCCCAGAUGCCGCGGCCGCUAUUGCUACUGAGAAGGCCAAGUUUACACAACAAACUGGAAACCCACCGUCGUCUAACAGAAAUAGCGCUGCCGUUGAUCCACGAUCAUCAAUGGCCGCGCACCAAGACUCUCGCGAGGCAGUUGGAUCAGGGGUUUCCCCGUGGGGCUCAGACCCAAGCAACUCCAAAGCCUCUGCUUCACAGGCUCCCAUGGGCCAAUUCGCGCAGCCUGCAUCGUCCGGGGGCCUGAGGUCGCCACUGCCGCAGCUGGGAAACAACGCCACCAUUCAAAGCACUACGCUCGCUGCCCCUGAGAAGAACCCGUCUGAUCUCCCGAUGCUUUCUCCUUACAAUGGUGGAGGCAGCGGCAAUUGGGCGUCCAUGGUCAACACGCCGAUGACCUCUACCUUCAACACCAACCAGCAACCGGGAUCCCAAGCUGAUAUGAUAGCGAAUGCGACUGCUAUGAAGCUGGCUGCCCUGUCCACCGUGAACAAUCGCUUUGCGCUUGAUGAUGCUCGCAAAUACCGAAGAGCGCGGUCAAAUGAUGCACCUGGCAAUAGCCAGAUGUCGCCACCUGCCCAUGCUCACGGCCUCAAUAUCCCUGGUGCUAAUGUUGUCAUGAUCAAUGAGCACGGCCAAGUUCUGAGCCGAGAACAGAUUCUCGCAUUGCAAGCCCAGCAAGGGCUCGGGCUUGGCAAUCGCUCACGACCGAAGUCCCCUGGUCUUUCCAUGCAGCAGCCUAUGGGCCAAAUGCCACAAUUCGCUUCACCUCAGCACAAUGGAUUCCUGAGCGCAUAUGAUGGCUCCGGCGUUAUGGCCAGCAGCAUCCCCGCGGUCAACUUGGGGCAGCUGGGCUUGUCUGGACACGAAGGCUACUUGUCUGACCACUCAGACAUGGUGCGUGGUCGGUCGCCAAGAGGCCGUAGGGGUAGCUCAAAGCCACCGGAGGAUCCUACAGACCCAACUCUGCUCCAAGAUAUUCCAAGCUGGCUUCGCAGUCUUCGCCUUCACAAGUACACGGACAACUUGAAGGAUAUGAAAUGGACUGAUCUUAUUGAGUUGGAUGACAAGGCUUUGGAGGAUCGCGGAGUGAAUGCUCUCGGUGCGAGGAGGAAGAUGCUCAAGGUAUUUGAGCAGGUCAAAGACGCUAAGGCUGAAGGACGCAUUAAUUAG